UCCCUUUCUAUGAUUAGUCGCUACAUGCAAGUUUGCAAAGUGACUAGGAUUACAGCACUCGCAAUGGCCUCACUUUGCAACAGCAGGCCUUUGGCGGAGCCCAUUCUAUUAACGAAUGAGCUCACAAGGAAACCUCUCUACUCGAGGAGAGAGAGCUGGGUUUUAGCCUUCAUUUGGCAUCAGGAUUGGAAAAGAACUGUUUGGACCUUCUUGCAGCUCGUUAGGACCAGAAAAAGGGCUUCUUUCUAUUCAAUAGGAGCGUAUGCCAAGGAAGCAAUACGACGUGGGCUCCAAAACAAGCAGACAGAUUUCCUGCACGAUUUUGCAAGACAUUUCAAAGAGACCACUAGUAACAAUUCUACCAUUCAGCGAUCCAAGAUUGAGCUGAUAGCAGCUUGCAUCUGCAGUGUGACUGCUGUGAGCGAGCUGCAAGAUCCCAUCGCACUUUGCUAUCCAUCACCUUCGAUACAUUUGGCGGUUGCGUUAAUUGGCAGCCAGCUUUGAUGCAGUUGGCGAUAACCCCUCCAGGUGAACUUACAGAGCUGAGCUGAUAAGGUUUAACUCGAGGACUUUAACGUAACCUGAUUCAAUGGCGAAACUACGAGGGGGUUCUCAGGCUUGGAAGAGGUCACCGCAAGUGUUCCUCUUGCUUCUGAGCUCGUUCUGUGGACUGGGCUCGAUCGGCGCUGCACGGUUAGGUGGUGUGUCAAAAGCCACCCCUUCAGGCUUCGUGGAGGAAAUGAUUGCGCCCAUCGAGCAGUUUGGCACCGUGGGGAGGGAACUCCUAGGAGAGUGCACCGACCCCACUAUUCCCAAUGCCUGCUACGCCUCAGACGGCUCCUUCGCGAUCUGCUGUCCGGCCCAAUGCGGACCGUUCUCGGACGGCUACAACCCGACCUGCGGACGGUACGGCGUCGACCCGGCCUUCAACUGGGGCGUGACGUCAGCUCGCCCGAUGUCGACAUCGGGGGAGUGCCCAGCGGAGGCGCCAAACCCGUGCUUCACUGCGGACAGCAGCGCGGGGUUCUGCUGCGGGGCGUCCGGAUGCGGACCGUCCGGUCCGAAUCCAGUCUGCAACGGCGAUGCGACGAUCAGCGAAGCGGUCACGACGUCGAACCCGACACCUGCUCCUACAAGCACCUCCCCUUCGACGCCGAACCCAACCCCAGCCCCUACAAGCACUUCCCCUUCGACGUCGAACCCAACCCCCGCCCCGACAAGCACUCCCCCUUCGACGUCGAACCCAACCCCCGCCCCUACAAGCACUUCACCUUCGACGUCGAACCCUUCUAGCAGCCCCACCGGCCCGCCCCCAACUUUGACACCAACUUCGCCGCCUACAUCAGCGCCUACGACCGCGCCGACCAAUAGUGUCAAUACGCCGGCGCCCACGACGAAUAACCCGACCCCCAGCGCCACUACGGCGACCGUGAAGCCCGGCGAUAAGCGCACGUUCGUGCUGCAUAACCUAUGCCCGGAGAGCAUAUGGAUCGGCAUCUUUUGGAACGCGGAUAAGCAGCCGAUUACGUUGGCGAACACGGGGCAAGCGACGACGGGGUUCGAACUGGGGUCACAAGCCAGCGCCGGCGUGCUCGCAAGCAGUGACUGGAUUGGUCGUUUUUGGGCGCGCACCCGCUGCGGGGGGUCGCCGUUCCGCUGCGAAACGGGGGACUGCGGGGGCGGAACUCCGUGCAGCGGACGGACGGGCGAGCCCCCGGCCAGCCUGGCGGAGUUCGCGCUCUCGCAAGCGGAUGGACAGGACUUUUUCGACGCCAGCCUAGUUGACGGCUACAACCUGAAGCUGGUCAUCAAGCCGUCCAACCCCGCCUGCGCCGCCGUCGGGUGCAGCUCCGACCUGCUCGCCACGUGUCCCGAAUCCCUGAAAAUGCGGAGCGCCGACGGCUCCCGCGUGAUCGGGUGUUACUCCGCGUGUUCCGCCCCGGCAAUGCAAUCCGACCCGUUGCGCGAGCAAUAUUGUUGCUCCGGGAAAUUCGCCGAGGACCCACAUGGCUGCCAGGCAUUGCACCCCGACCAGUAUACGACGGCGUUUAAGGCCGCGUGCCCGAGCGCGUAUAGCUAUGCGUAUGACGACCCGACGAGUCUGUUCGCGUGCAACAACAGUAAUUACGAUAUUUACUUCUGCGGCGAUGUGCCGCUGACCGCGUGAGGAAGGGUUUAGAGAAACGGAUCUGCGGGUUCGUCAAAACUGCAAGGUUAGAAACUGGGUGAGGAAGGUGUUACGGGUGCGCUAAAAGGCGGGUUGAUAGAAAGUUGCCUAAGCAUUCUUUGGUGAGGACUAGAGGCCCGUUUCUGGUACGUUGCAUCAGGUGAUGGUAUCCCUUUGAGGGUUAGGAGCCACCUUUGUGGAAUUGAUCGACUUACUGCAAUCGGCAGCCUACGGAGAAGACCUACUUCUUGGAUAGGUUGCAAAAUGAUCUGCUGCCAAGCUUCGACGACGAGUGUAUCAACUAUUCUGAGACGCGUAGCUCAUCAGACUUAAGGUCGUCGAGGUUGACGUUGUGGGUGCGGUCAUACGGCAACUCGGACGCUCGCCGUUUUAAGGUGCGACCGGCUUAGGCUGGCGCAGUGCCGGUGGUAAGUUGUUCUAGGAAGACUAGACGGAAAAGGUAGACUUUUCAAGUAAAGACGGAGAUAGGACGGUUCGAUGUACAAUAGGAUACAAUGGUAUCGUUGCAUUUGGAGUUAAGCCUGUGCAUGAGAU